AACUCGUGCAUACUAGAUAUUGUGCUCUCUGCUUCAAAAGGAAACUAGUAUUUGAUGAGGUGGGUGUUUUGCGAUCGAAGCUUAAAAUGGAUCCCAUCGAUGAACCAAUGUCAACUGUGUCAGCGAAUAAUGAAUCACGUCCGGAUCUCCCGUUAUUGGCUCGGAACUAUUUCAAAACAUCCUCCGGGAUAACACGUUCGUCACUUUUGGUGUUGGACUUGGCGGCCUUGAUCUGCAUUCUGGUGCAAUUCCGUCCUGAUCGGGCUAGCCAAUACUUCAUGUUUGUCACAAUCAGUUCGUUCUUGGUUAAUGGACUCAUCAUGUUCCUCACGUUGUGCCAUGUCACGCAAAUCUGUCCUCGAACCCCCUUGAUUGAGAUGGGAGCCGAUGCUCUGUGGAUACUUUUCUAUCUCAUUGGUGCGUCUCUUCUUCUAUCGCGGUCAUCCUCGCUGCUCUGGAAUACCAAACAUCUUAAAGCCGCCGGUGUGAUUGGGUUUAUCAGCAUCAUUGUUCGUAUUGGAUGCAUCGGCCUAAACAUGCUAUCUUGGAAGAGGAAGAGAAAGCCCGUUAGCAUUGGCGAUCAUCCAUCGGCACCACAAGAUGUUAGGAUCCGGUACUAAGAUCAAAAGAGCAACGCCCUGUAAUUGAAAUACAUAGCUUUCUCGCGUCAAGAAGGUCCGGGUUAAAUAUGGAGUAUUGUUUCAGGCAGACAAAGUGAAGUGGUGAGAGGCACAAGCCCUCGUGAAAGUCACAGACUUUCAAGACUUAAGAAUUUGAAAGCGUUCCAAGUCAGUCGUUCGAUCCCCGAUAUGGAGAACUUUCUAGGAGAUAUCUCUCGAUCCGUUCAAUUAAGUGACGAUAUCAACCGCUUGUUGGAAGUCCGAACGAAUCCACAUUCAGGCAGGGGUGUGAUCACCAAAAUCGAUUGCUCCGAGAACCAAUUAGUCUUCCUCGAGGAACCCCUCGUUCUGGGCCCCUCGAAUGAUCCAACUUCAGAGUUUUGUUGUGUCUUGUGCUACAAAAUAUUGGGUACCACGACUUACAAUCAAUGCGAAUCAUGCAGCCUUCCCAUUUGUUCCGAAAAAUGCCUGAAUCAAUCAUCAGGAAUUUGGCACUUGAGAAUGGAGUGCCCACUCCUGGCGAAAUCUCGAUCAUCGAUUAGCGCUCAAGUACUUUUGUCCACUCGGUCUUGGCUUGCGCCAGUGAGGGCCUUGAUCCUCAAGCUCAUAGACAAGCCAAAAUGGGGCCAGUUGCUCCAGCUAGAACAUCACCUUAACGAAAGAAGGAAUUGCGCGAUAUUGCAAAGACAGCAAGCUCUCGUUUGGUUCGCCAUUCAACAACUGGCAGUUGUCGAAACGACUCAAGAGGAAAUUCGACAGGUUUGUGGCAUCUUCGAUAGCAAUGCUUUCAGAUUUGGAGUGUCUCGCGAAAUUCGAGCCCUAUAUACCCUGGUGUCAUUAAUCAACCAUGAUUGCCGGCCCAGCACUCGCGUCAUUUUCGACACCCAAUUUAAGGCCAGGUUGUCCGCCCGUAGAACGAUACGUUCAGGAGAAGAGCUCACCAUAACGUAUGUUAGCCCACUCUUGAAUACUCGGGAGAGGCGCGAGAAAUUGCAACGAUCCAAACAUUUUACAUGCACCUGUACAAGAUGUGAAGACCCCACGGAGUUUGGGACUCAUUUCAGCUCUCUUCGUUGUCCAAAAUGUAUCAAAGGACACUUGGUAGAUAACGAUCUACCAUCUUGUGACAACUGCUCAUUCAAAACGACAAAAGAGAAGGUCCAGUGCCUCAUGACCGCCCUGAGCCUAAAACAAGAAAAGGCCCUAAGAAAAAGUGAUUCGACUUCUUUAGAGAAUAUCCUCGGGAUUUAUUUGAAGGCACUCUCUGACAACCACUCUCUUGUGAUUGAUCUGAAACAAAAACUGCUAUCAAAUCUCAACCGUGAGAACAAACUUCAGACGUGGAAGCGUAGAUUACAAUUGAACCAGGAAGUAAUCAACCUCCUAGAUCGAAUCGAUGGAUCAAACUCAAGGCAAAUGGGGUUUCUGCAAUAUCAACGCCAAUGCUUUUUCGUCAUAAGAUUGGCCCACAUGCAAAGAUUGAAGACAACUUGUCAAAAUGGAGUCCAAGAAAGUGACGAAUAUGAAAGAACGGAUUGGUUAAUAGGAGAGCUUGAAAAAUCGUUGAGUCUGGCAACCAAACUUUUGAAACAUGAUAUUAAUUGCCCCGAGGAGUUAAAACGUCAUCAGGUCAAAUAGAUAUCGUUACAAUGUUCGUACAGGGCGUUCCGCAAAUGUGGCUACUCAAAAGUAUCCAUUUAGCUUAUUUACCAUGAUGAUUUGUCGUCUGAUUAAUAUUAGGCUUGGUCAGGGCCGAAUUUUAUAUCCAGACAAUGUUUUGAUACAUAUAUUUUUUUUUAAAGAACGCACGGCAUCAUUGUUAAUGUCAAAAGAAAAGUUGUGAUCGAAAUGAUCUCACGCGGAAUAGGGGUCUCAUUCAUUGGAAAGAACCUGGGAAUCAGCCGCCAAGUUGUCAAUGAUAUUAGAAAGAGGUUCAAAGCCUGAGAAAACAGUGUGGAUCCCGGCUAUGUUUAAUGCCUUCAAACUUUUGCGAAAGUGCCGGAGAAGAUCACGAACUUGUAAAAUUUCAGAAGGCUGCAAGAAUUCGUAAAGAAGAUCAAAUCAUCUCUUGCUUUGCUGACAGCGAUGUGGCAAUGAAUCCACUCACUGACCUUUGGGUCGACGCCAUCAAACACUCCACUUGUAGAAGAUAGUAUCACAAUGCUAACUCUGAGCGAGUCGAUUUUUCAGCCACAUCUUGAAAGUGUUUCGUGUAUUUGGGCUUCAAUCAGUCUAUCAAAUUUGCAAAAGGUCGAAACGAGAGCACUCGUAUUGGGGGAGGACUCUAUACAAGAAUUUUCAGAACGAUUGAAUGAUUCUUGUAGAACUGAGGGCAUUCUGAGACCUGCUACAUUCAUUGUUACGAGGCACGAACUUGGGUCACCACAAUCGUCCUUUCUGAUCCCUGGUGUCAAUUUUCCUUCGAAUGGGCCGCGGUAGUACAAAGACAGUACCAAAUUUUAAUUUACUGUUUCUCGCCAAGCCAAGCCCCAAUGCUGGUGAAAUUUGAAAUGUGACUUCUUUCAACUUAUACCUAAUCGAUAUUUUCAAGACAAGAUAACUGACUAAACUGUGAUCCGACAAAAUAAAAGUACGCAGCUGAACGCCUGUGCAGAGUU